GCGCCGGACGUAUAAAAGGCUCCCCUCAGACGCGUACAAUGCAGUCUAGGUCUUCGUACCAACUGCGUCCCGCGCGUCCUCCUCGCCCUCUUUGUCCCCCUCCUCCCCUACAUCAUGCAGCCCCUCCGCACCCAGUCCACUCAGCUCCCGGACGCGUCUGACUUCGUGGCGGCUGCGUCUCUUACACUCACACCGCUCGUCGACUCUUCGGACUUCGAUGCAUCCUCCACCGAGAGCCUCUUCGACCCAACUCAGAUGUUCCCCUCCAGCCUCGACAUGCUCGGCCUGAGCUUUGAUUCGCCUUCACUAUUCAACUUUGACACCGAGUUCCUCGCCGACGAUCCCAGCGCGACCCUGUUCUCGAGCACAUCUUUGGCUGGUCUAGAAGAGGCUGAGAAGGCCUUGCAAGAAAUCGGUGCAUACCUCGCAAGUCCCGAUUUCUUCCUCCACAUCGUCGAGUCGGCCAUCGACGAGCCCGCACCCACCGAGGUCUCCACGGUAGGCCCGGCGCCGAACGCGAGCGCGCCGUCGGCGACCACCAGCCCCCCAUCGGUUCCGCGUAGCGUUCACGCGUUCAGCCCAAUCCCGUCCCUCUGCUACCCCUCCUCCUCAGCCAACUCAUCUCGGCACCAAUCUAGCAGCCCAACAACAUCCAUGAACGCGGUGGACGCGUUCCGUAGCCCACUUCCCUCCCUCUGCUACCCAGAGUCACUUCCCUCAGAGGGGUCCAUGCACCCCACCAGCCCCGCACCAUCCAUGGGCUCCUUGAACGUACAAUACGUCAGUCCGGUGCCCUCCCUAUGCUACCCAGAGUCCCUGCGCUCCGAGGAACCCGUUCAAGCUGCCAGCCCAGCGGCAUCGACGUGCAACUCACCCUUCACGUGCAGCCCGGUACCUUCUCUAUGCUACCCAGAGUCGGACGCGGAGGAACCCGUUCAGCCGGACGGCCUCGACAGCCACCACUCUGUUCCCGCCGCCGACAGCCCAGUGCCGUCCCCAGUCGUUGAGCAGUCCGUGCUAGGCAGGGUGUUCCGCUCAGUAGGUGCUACGGUUGCCCCUUCGCGCUUUCCCAAGCGCAACAAGAACCGACACUCUCCUUAUCCCUCCCCCUCACCCCGCGUGCGCCACGACUCCCCGUCUCGAAACCGCGCGUCCUCCCUAUCCGGCGAGACCUUCCAGGACUUCGUUCUCCCCGGCACGCCGCGCAACGUCCAAUCUUCUCUGGACCCCGCUAAUACCUCGUUUACCUACACCGACGGCGCCUUCCGGUGCCCCGUCCCCGGGUGCAAGUACAUGCCGCCUUCCGCGCGGCGGAAGUCGGACAUUCGGCGGCACCUGGAGACACACCGCUCGAACGAGAACCAGCAGCGUUGGGUGUGCUGCGGUGUGCCUGUCGAUUCCGCGGAGCAGUACGGUAUCAAGAAGGUCGGCCAGACCUACUGGUGGCGUGGCUGGCGGAUGGUCGGCGGGUGCCGCAGGGGCUUCAGUCGUCGCGACUCGCUCGGGAGGCACUUGAAGACGUGUGGGUGUGUGGGCACGAUAGACAUGGCGGCCAACCUCACCGAGGUUAACGAUAAUGCCCUGAUCGUCAUGGAUCAGCAGGAUCUUGGGUACUGAUGCGAUUGGUAUUUCGGACUGUUCU